GCCAUGUCCCACAACACUUACAAUAAAAUAUGGGCAGAAGCCCAGCUGUCCCUCAAUUGCCUGCUGCAGAGGGAGAUGGAAGAGAAGUCCCAAAAGCCCACCAAAGACCGCCUUCUAGUGUUUCAGAUGCUCGGCACUUUCUACAUCAAGUACGUGCAAAUAUUUCGCAAUCUGGAGGCCGCUUACGACCAGAUAGUUCACCCGCAAAAGCGUUUAAUUAUCCGCCAGGUGCUGGAUGGAGUGAUGGGCCGUAUUCUGGAGCUGAAGAAUGAAAUGGUAGAGCUGGAGUACUCGGAAUUUCAUUACUUUGACGACAUCUUGCAGGAUCUUAAACUGGCUCCUGAUAGCCUUGACAUCCCCAUCCCCAGGUAUUUUAUUAAGGAGAAGCUGAAGGCGUUGAAAGAGAGAGAGAAAAUCCUUGCUCAGAUAUUGUUUGAAGCCGGCUUGUACGAUGAUGAACCUAAAAAACAGGUGAAGAUCAUGAUCUUGGACGAAGCCAUCCGAUUGAUCCAAAUAGCUGAGCGUGCGCGACAGGGCCGGCUCAGGGCUACAUUCAUGAAGCAGAUCUACCUUGAAGAGAAGAGAGAGAGGCAAGCGAAACUUCUUGGCAUUAAAGCCCCGGAUCUGGAUGCUUCUGCUGUUCGCAUUCAAAAGUUUUGGCGUGGACACGCCCAGGUGAAGAGGACUUUGCAACUUAGAGAUGAAGAAAUGGUAUUUCUAGGGAUGAUCCCACCUCCUCAGUUCCAAAGACCUAGUCCUUCUAUUAUUCGUGCCCAGAAGGUGGAUAUUCUGAGGUGUGAAAUUCAAGUGAAGCAUGAGUCAGACUACCGGAAUGCUCUAGUAUCCAUCAAAGACCGUGUGAAAGAAAUUGAAGGUCCUGACAUCAAAGAGAGUCUACAGGAUCAGAUCCGCCAGUGGUUCAUUGAGUGCCGACAUCUUACUGGAAGGUUUCCUGAGUACCCUGAUGAAGAACAAGGAGGUUCAACAGCUAUUUUCUCCGAAAAAACUCCAGAGGAGGUUGUAGCUGAGAUAGCUGCUAGAGAAGCAGAAGAACAGAAGAAGAAAGGGCGAAAAAAGGGGAAAAAAGAAAAAAAGGAAAAAGGAAAAAAAGGAAAACAAAAGGACGCUGAUAAAGCAAAGAAGAAAGAUGAGAAUGAAGAAGAAGGCUGGAAAAUGGCCCCCAGUAACUUUCUCCCAAUAAUGGAAGAAGGAAAUACCAAGUAUAAAGAUAUUUGGCAGAACAGAGAUGAGGGAUGGAACUUCUCACAGGAGUAUGACCCGGAACUGGUCAAAGAAGAAAAGCGGAAAGAAGUAGAAGAAGAGAUCAGAGUACAGGUGGAUGAGCUGAUGCGUCAUGAGCUGAAGAAUCUCAAAUUAGCUGUGGACAGAGAGGCAGAUAAAAAAGCAAGGAAAGGCAAGAAAGGGAAGAAAAAGGGGAGGAAAAAAGGAAAAAAGGACGGAAGGAAGAAAAAAUCUAAGAAGGAUAAAGAUCUGACUCCUGACAGGACCAUUGAUUCUCUCUUCAAGGAACUGGUAGAAGAAGGGAUAUUAAUAAGAGCCAAGAAAGUGAAGCUCAGCGAUUAUGUGGGCGAAUACAGCUAUCUGGGCACUACACUUCGACAGGUGGACGUAGAACCAAUGCCUUCUCUCACAGAUGUCAGGCAGCUCAUCACACUAUAUGGAAUACUACCCUUAGGUUCUCAGUCUGUUCACGAGAAAGCUCCUCUGGUAAAAACCUUGCUUCUGGCUGGACCGGUAGGAGUGGGAAAGAAGAUGCUUAUUCAUGCUCUCUGCACAGAAACAGGAGCCAACCUCUUCAAUUUAUCUGCAGCUAACAUUGCUGGUAAAUACCCUGGCAAGACUGGUCUGCAAAUGAUGCUCCACAUAGUGUUCAAGGUGGCCAGACAACUACAGCCUUCAGUCAUCUGGAUUGGAGACACAGAGAAGACAUUCUACAAGAGGGUGCCAAAGACUGAAAAAGAAAUGGAACCUAAACGUCUGAAAAAGCAACUUGCCAAAAUUCUGAAAACUCUGAAAAAUGAGGACAGAAUCCUGAUAGUAGGGACCACUAAACGACCUUUCGAUGCAGACCUCAGACCCCUCUGCAGAGUUUACAAGAAAGUCAUUCUGGUUCCAAGGCCAGACUAUGCCUCAAGAUUUGUUUUAUGGAAACACAUCAUUCUCCAAAACGGAGGGCUUCUCACAAAACAACUGAACAUCAGCUGCCUGGCACAGGUGUCUGACGGUUACACUCAGGGGCACAUAGUGAAUGCAGUUCGGGCAGUCCUAACUGAACGACGCCUGAUUCAACUGAUCAAGAAACCAUUGGCCGCUGCUGAGUUCCUGAGUCCGCUGGCCAGUCAGGAGCCGGUGUACAAAGAGGAAGAAGAAACGUUUAAGGCCUGGUAUUCCAAGACUCCUCUGGGGAAAGCACGAAUCAAGUCACUGACGGAGACUGAAGAAACUGGGAAAGGAAAGGGGAAAGGGAAAGAUAAAGGAAAGGACAAAAAGAAAGAAGCAAAGAAAGGCAAGAAGAAGAAGUGAAGAAAAAAAUCCGGUGGAAGGCUUUGA